AUUUAGAAGAGUCUGGAGAAUGGAGAACUAUCAGGAUGUGGAAUGUGCAGAGUGGAAGUGGUAUUAUAAGGACCUGAGAAGAUCUUCCAGUACCCCAGGCUUGAGUGGUUAAUGGAGGCGCCCCAUCACUUCAAAUCCUAUAUUGAAAUACUCAGUUUUACCUGAUUUCUGUAUGUUGUCAUCUCGUGUACACCUGGUCCGCACGACAGUUCGGCUAGUUCAUUCCCUGAUCUGCAAUUCUUCCUGUUCCUUCAUGGAUUUGAAGGCUCUCCUUUCCUCCUUGAAUGAUUUUGCAUCCCUGUCGUUUGCUGAGAGUUGGGACAAUGUUGGAUUACUGGUGGAACCAAGCCCGCCACAUACUGUAAACACACUCUUUCUGACCAAUGACUUGACCGAGGAAGUGAUGGAGGAAGCUCUGCAAAAGAAGGCUGAUCUCAUUCUCUCCUACCAUCCACCUAUUUUCCAACCUAUGAAGCGCAUAACCUGGAAAACCUGGAAGGAGCGCCUGGUGAUUCGGGCUCUGGAGAACAGAGUCGCUAUUUACUCACCUCACACAGCCUAUGACGCUGCACCCCAGGGAGUCAACAGCUGGUUGGCUAAAGGGCUUGGAGUUUGCACCUCCAGGCCCAUACAUCCUUCCAAAGCACCCAACUAUCCCACGAAGGGAACACACAGAGUAGAAUUCAAUGUUGACCACACCCAAGACCUGGACGAAGUCAUUUCUACAGUGAAAGGAAUUUCAGAUGUUUCUGUCACUUCUUUUUCUGCUAGGACUGAUGGUGAAGAACAAACACGGAUCAGUCUGAAUUGUAGUCAGCAAGCUUUGAUGCAGGUGGUGGCUUUUCUUUCCCAGAACAGACAACUUUAUCAGAAGACCGAAAUUCUGUCACUGGAGAAGCCUCUGCUUCUACAUACUGGAAUGGGACGGUUAUGCAUACUGGAUGAAUCUGUCUCUUUGGCAACCAUGAUUGAGCGAAUCAAAAGGCACCUAAAACUAUCUCAUGUUCGCCUUGCUCUUGGGGUAGGGAGGACCUUAGAGUCCCAAGUCAAAGCUGUGGCCUUGUGCGCUGGUUCUGGGAGCAGUGUAUUGCGGGGCACAGAGGCCGACCUUUAUCUCACAGGUGAGAUGUCCCAUCAUGAUAUUCUGGAUGCUGCUUCCCAAGGAAUCAAUGUCAUCCUUUGUGAACACAGCAAUACUGAACGAGGCUUUCUUUCUGAUCUUCGAGAUAUGCUGGGUGUUCACUUGGAGAAUAAGAUUAAUAUUAUCCUGUCAGAAACAGACAGGGACCCUCUUCAUGUGGUAUAAUGCAUACAAGAACAACAGGAUGGCAGUCUACAAACCAUUUCACUCCUAACUCAAAUGCGUAACAUGAAAUCAGUGAAGUUGGUAUCCUUCUGAAAGAAUGUCUUAGAAUGUACAUUAUGGUUUGUUAAUCUGCUUCACCAAAUGUUCUGUAGCUUAUGUGGUCAAAACUGUAAUGUAGCAAUCAUUAAAGAACAAAUAUUCAUUAUAAAGAACAAAUAUAUUAUAAGCUUUAGGCAAGAGCAACUAAAAUCUGUUAGUCGUGGGAAGUAGUUCCAAGUAAUCGCCUUAGCUUAAUUAUAGAUGGGGUGUGUCAUUCUAAAUCUUUCUGCCCUUGGUUAAUUUUAAAAUAUACUUUAAAAACUAGGGAUUGGAACACUUUAUUUCUAGAUAGUAGCCUCUAGGAUCUAGGAGAUGAUAUGGUCUGUCUGUAUAUUCCUGUUUCUAGAUCAUAAUCUUCCCCCCUAAAUUUCAGAAUCAGGAAGAGAUUUAUUAUGAUGAGGUGUUUUUUUUCCCCUUAACAUACAUAUAACUUAUUUUAUUGCUUUUUAGGUAACUUACCUAUAAUUUUAUUAGUAAUAUAUAAAGAUGCUUGACUUUCAAAUACUACUAGUGGUUACUUAUGCAAUAUUAAUUUUGUGCCAGGCACUCUAGGUGGUUUAUAAACAUUUUCAAUCCCUUAUAAAAAGCAUAUAGGUUUUAGUCCCAUUUUUACAGAUGAGCAAACUGAAACAGCUGUCUCCCCUCCUAGAAUGUAGGAAAAUACAUUCUGAACAAUUCUACUGGUUCCACAUUUGAAUAGCUGGGGUGGGGGCAGAGGGGGAGUAGACUUCUAAAAGUUUUCUUGGUAAUUUUUUUAGUUUUCUUAAUUUUUUAAAAAGUUAAGCAAAACCUAUUAACCAUCUCCAAAACUCACUGAUUUUGUAUACAAAUGAAAUGUUCAUGUGUUAAAAUGACAAACAUGAUGCAAAGAAAGUCCAGUUUCUGGAGGAGUAGCACAAGAACUAGAACUCCCUCAUAAGGAAUUCAGUCUUAACGCCAAGUUUGUGGAGUGUAAAUACCUGUUUUACACAUCCCUUAUGCCUUUUUUGGCCCAUUUAUUUAGCAAUUUUAUUAAGAGCAGCCAGAAGAAUCUUUCAAGCUUUCAGGUCUGUUCAGUCUUGACAGAAGCAAGUAACAGCAAAAAUUGGAGUCUUACCAGUCAAACUCUGGUUAGAGCUUAACGACAUUGAUACUGAAACAAGUUAAAGAAGAGCACAUAAUUCUGCUACAAUCUUCAUCAUAUCUGUAAGAUGCACCCAAAAUUUUUGAGGCACUUCAAGAUGUUUUUAGUU